AUGCAAAAGACAAGUAUGAAUCCGGUCACCGACCCGGUCGCGGCUGCAACGGGAAGAGUCGCCAUUCGGCAACUCCCAAUAAAAACCCAGCCGAAUUCCCAAAGUCUCACGCCCUUCCUCCAACUCCCCCCAAAGCCGCCACCAAACCUUCUCUUCUCCUCUCCUCUCGCGAGUGUCGAACUCCGCCACCGCGCGCGCGCGCGCCGGAGACGGCGGCCCUCCCAUCCGCGGCGGGCGCCGGCAAUGCGGAUGGGGAAGUACGAGAUGGGGCGGGCGCUGGGAGAGGGGCACUUCGGCAAGGUGAAGCUGGCGCGCCACGCCGACACCGGCGCCGCCUUCGCCAUCAAGAUCCUCGACCGCCAACGCAUCCUCGCCAUGAAGAUCGACGAACAGAUAAAGAGGGAGAUCGCCACGUUGAAGCUGCUCAAGCACCCCAAUGUCGUCCGCCUCCACGAGGUUUCAGCUAGCAAAACCAAGAUAUACAUGGUUCUUGAAUAUGUAAAUGGAGGAGAGCUAUUCGACAAAAUUGCAUUAAAGGGUAAGUUGUCAGAGAAGGAAGGAAGAAAACUCUUCCAGCAGCUGAUGGAUGCUGUAAGCUAUUGCCAUGAGAAGGGAGUUUAUCAUAGGGACCUUAAGCCGGAGAAUGUCCUAGUUGAUGCAAAAGGAAACAUAAAGGUUUCGGAUUUUGGACUAAGUGCCCUUCCACAAAAUCAACGGAAAGAUGGAUUGUUGCAUACCACAUGUGGCAGCCCUAACUACAUCGCCCCUGAGGUCCUUCUCAACAGAGGUUAUGAUGGCUCUUUGUCCGACAUAUGGUCUUGUGGGGUUAUCCUAUAUGUCAUGCUUACAGGGAAUCUUCCAUUUGAUGACCAAAAUACGGUUGUCCUUUAUCAGAAGAUUCUGAAGGGGGAUGCUCGUAUUCCUAAAUGGCUUUCCCCAGGUGCCCAAGAUAUACUGCGAAAAAUCUUGGAUCCUAACCCAAUUACACGCUUAGAUAUAACUGGAAUAAGGGCACAUGAGUGGUUCAGGCAAGAUUAUACUCCUGCUAUGCCUUUCGAUGAUGAUGACGACAACAAUAUCAGUGAUGGCAACCUACAUAUGACUGAGAAUCAAGAUAUUGAAACCAGCCCAGCAAUCAGCCAAAUCAAUGCAUUCCAGCUCAUUGGGAUGUCCUCAUGCCUUGAUCUAUCUGGAUUUUUUGAGAAAGAAGAUGUUUCUGAAAGGAAAAUCAGAUUUGUAUCAAAUUAUUCCCCUACUUCUCUAUUUGAGAAGAUUGAGAGCACUGUCACAGAAAAGGGUUUCCAGGUACAGAAGAACAGUGGCAAGCUAAAAGUGAUCCAAGUUUGUAAAGAACCAGCAAAUCCAAGAGGACAUGGAAAUUUAUUGAUUUCUGCUGAGGUGUUUGAGAUCAAUGAAUCUCUUUAUGUUGUUGAGCUAAAAAGGUCAUCUGGGGAUUGUUCCCUUUACAGACAGCUAUGUGCGUCACUUUCUGAAGACUUGGGCAUAUGCAAAAGGCAACAGCUUUUGAAGAAAGAUUCUAUGAGACAAGACCUUUGUCGAUAUAACAGUAGCUUUUGAUAAAAGGGUCUCUCUAGCUUUUAGUUGUGAAGGCUCUAGCAUUUUUAACAAGAGCCCCCAAUACAACGACGUAUGACACAGUUUUGUAAAAUUAAACUGUAAAUACAAAACAAUCCAAUUGUACACCGAAAAGAGUAUACCGAUCAUCCAAGUAUUUCCUUUAGGAGUUCAUUAGUUUGUGUUCUUUUUGCCUUUACUGGUAAAUCGCUACCUCCUGGGCAAAUUGGCUACUGACAGUGUAUAAAAGUAUGAUGUAGACAAUCUAAGUGUACAUAAAUAGUUACCUCAUCUUGUGUUCCUUUGAA